AGAUUUCUCUUCGAGGUCGCARCUUAGGGAAUGCCGGGAAGGACGGCCACGGUGAUGCGUGUAGGAGAACAACUGGUGAGCACAGGAUACACUGUGACAGUACUUCUCCGAGCGUANGAAUGCCGGGAAGGACGGCCACGGUGAUGCGUGUAGGAGAACAACUGGUGAGCACAGGAUACACUGUGACAGUACUUCUCCGAGCGUACGUAGACCAGGACUUGACCGCAAGUGAGUGCAGACAACGAGCUAGGGAUUUGAUCCACGAGCGUAGAGCCGAUGUCCUGGCGCGAGUGACCUUCCAGACCUCGAUUUCCUAUGAUGUGAUGAUAUGGUCUCAUGGUUAUAUGCGCGCGGAGCACUACCACGAUGAGACGGUAGCAGAGGCUAGAGCGAGGGUGAGAAGGGGCUAUGGUAUCACAGAAUAUCUGGAGAAGUGGGAGCUUCACGCCAGCCGGAGUCAGUGGUCGGAGGAAGAGAUUAUAGAGAACUUCCUAUUUAAUGUGGACCCAAGUCUUGGUAGGGAAGUUAAGGAAGCUCGACCGAAGGAUGGAAAAUGGACUACGUACGAGAAGAACCUCGUUGAGCUUUACAAAUUGGAGGAUAACAAGUAUUUCAUCAAGGACCUUGAAACAAUGACUCAAGAUGAAGAUGAGAGCGUACGGGCAUUUGGGAUGCGUUUCCAAAAUAUCUCCGACGCGAUGAUGAAGAAGGGGAAGAUUUCAGAGGUCGAGCGCUGUACUAUCUUYAUCGGACACUUGUCCAAAGGUAGGCAAAAGAGUAUACUUAGAGAUCUUCCGCACGACAGGCUUGAUUUCCCAGAAGUCCUAAAGCUCGCGAUAAAGGCAGAGGCAGACGAUUACAAGGACUUGGUGUGGAGAGGGAUGAGGAGACGUGACUUCUCUCUCUACAAGGAGUAUGCUACUGAUAGAUGUCCUGAUUUCAAGGACUAUCCCUGGUCGGAGAAGAAUGAGGCCGUGGAUGAGGAAGUGAAGGAGAUACGGGACAUGGUGAAGGGAUUAACGAGACAGCCGGCUCGUGAUGAGUUACAGAUGAUCAUGCGGAAGACUCGCAUACCUCUAUCGGAGAUGGGGCCCCCUAAGGCGGAAGCUUCUACAGUAACAGUAACGGAGGUGACUGCCAGAGCGGAUCGCAUGGCGACAGUCCUUCUCGAUGGAAUGGAAGGUGUGCCUCCAGACAAGUUUUAUAUACUUGGUAGCGGGGCCGUGGAGACGAUUAUAAACGAUGGAGCGGUACUCGAUGCUGUGAUCGAUAACGGCAGUGAGGCUGUCAUCAUAGACGAGGACCUGGCAGUACAGGUUGGACUGGGCCUCGACAGGUCGUACCUGUUCGAGAUAAAGACGGCUGAUGGGAGAAAGCAACAGAUCACUGGGGUUUGUCACAAAGCAGCCAUAGAAGUCCAAGGAGUAAGAGUGACCCUGCCUGUUUUUGCGGUCAAGAACUGCAGCUCCGACCUGCUCUUGGGUCGAACGUGGCUGAGCCACGUGCAUGUGGUGACGAUAGAGCGACCUGAUGGGAGCCAAACAUUGUCCAUUAGGAAGCCAGACGGGACACGGGUGAUGAUUGAGACAGUGGAACCUCGGGACCCGAGGAACAGAGCAGCUCUCGCUGUGGGUGCAAGACCCAGUGAUCAGAUUAGGUCUUUACCCAUCUCCGGCCGCGCGGUGCGAUUUCGCGAGAAGAGAUAUAGACCACUGCUCACAGAGGAAGAAGGUCGGAUCGUGGAGGUGGAAGAUUUAGGAAGCCGACUAAUAGUGGACUGCAACUCAUCCCCAAAGGGAAAAGAGGAGGAAUUUGGCAGUCUGGUAUCCGUGUCUUUUUUAAGGGCACGGCCCCUAUGGGGGGCUACCCAAGCGACACAAAGAGCAGCGCGCGAAGAGUCGCGGGGGUGGUACAACCGAGGGGAUCGACGCGAUGAGUCACGAGGACGAUAUGACUCGGGGGACCGCCGAAAUGAUUCGCGAGGGCGGUAUGAGCAAGGAGGGUCUGGAGGAGACCGGCGCAACGAUUCGCGCGGUCGGAAUGAGAAAGGGGGAUAUGGCGUCUCAUCAGAACCAUAUCCGAAGUCGCCUGACCCCAAGGCGGCCAGGAAUUCGAUCUUUAGAGGCGCAGACGAUAGGGCAUCUACUCUCAGGAACUCAUGCGUCUACUGUAGAGGAGAAGAUCAUAUCAAGAGGGAUUGUCCGGACCUCAAACGGCCAAUAGAUGAGGGACUUGUCGUGCUUGACGACCGCAAGUACGUCAAGUGGGCAGAUGAUCUAGGAGAUGUAUCGAUGUUCCCUUCGAUGAAGGAGAAUGUCGAAGCAAGGAGAAUAAAGACGAGUAAAGGAAUGGAGCCGGUCAGGAGCCAGAGCAUCAAGAUAAUCUUUGAGGGGGAUAUCGCGACUACACCCAUAAGGGUGGCAGCCACCAAGUCGGCAAGAGGGACUACAUCGAAGAAGACUGACACGGAUUACGUGAUGACGGAAAAGGACGGGCAGCGGGUCGAUGGAGAGGUGGUUAUCCUUUCGCCGCGAAGAAGGGGAGUGAAGAAGUUCUUAAUGAAGAGUUCGCUGGACGAGAUUGAUACUGUCGAGCCACUGAGGCGGGCCCUUCGGCAACCCAUGCAGUGCUCUAUUCUGGAGUACCUGGCGGCAUCGAAGCCGGCUCGUGAUGAGUUACAGAUGAUCAUGCGGAAGACUCGCAUACCUCUAUCGGAGAUGGGGCCCCCUAAGGCGGAAGCUUCUACAGUAACAGUAACGGAGGUGACUGCCAGAGCGGAUCGCAUGGCGACAGUCCUUCUCGAUGGAAUGGAAG